CCCAUAUGCCGGUCCGCGGUUGCCUGCUCAAGCGCUCAAUGCCAGCAAACGCUGGUUGGCAGUCUGCCCAAACUUCACCGCAACCACCACCACCACCAUGAGCGCUCCUGUCACAGGCAAAGCCCCCAUGCAUCCACUGCUGGCGCAGUACCUCAUGCAGCUGUCGACAAACCCACUGCGCACCAAGGCAUUGACAUCCAGCAUGUUUAGUUUCCUACAGGAGGUCAUUGGAUCGAACGUGGCUGGCCUCCCGCCGCCUCAAAUCCCAAAAGAUGCGGCUCCCUUGACGAAAGCCCUCGCGCGUGCGCGUAUUGACUCCAAGGCCAUCAAGAUGGCUUUGUACGGGUUUUUCGUGUCCGCUCCCAUGGGACAUGUCCUCGUCGGCCUGUUGCAGAAGGCUUUUGCUGGGAAGACAGGUCUCAAGGCUAGGUUAGGGCAGCUCCUUGCGAGCAAUCUACUGAUUUCGCCAAUAAACGCGACUGUGUUCUUGGCCUCUAUGGCUGUCAUUAAUGGCGCCAAAUCCCUCGACGAGGUCAUCCGCACUGUCAAGGGUGGCUUCUUCUCCGUCAUGAGAGUAUCAUGGGUAGUUUCCCCGUUGUCCAUGACUAUCGCACAGCAGUUCAUUCCUGUCGAACUUUGGGUGCCUUUCUUCAACACGAUUCAGUUCGUGGUCGGUACCUUCAUGAACAUCAAAGUGAAGAAAAUGAGACUCGCCGCGCAAAGGAAGGAAGCCGAGGAAAGGGAGCGAGAGAGAGCGAGAAUGGCCACGACAGAAAAACCUCAGUGAUCACCUUAUUUUGAACUUUUUGUACCCUCAUACUGUUUGGUUAUAUCCGUAAUAUAUUCCCUAUGCAUACAUUAG